AUGUUUUCAAAAAGUGAUCGUAUUUGUUUUCAGCCUACUUACAAUCCUCCUGUUGGCUAUUAUGAAAUCAACCAAUAAUAAUAAGCUAAAGGGAGUGAUUUUUCAAAAUCUAUAUCAAGAAAUCUAGAUAGUCGAUAAAGUGUAAGUCCUUAAAAUUAUAAUAACAAUCUACCAAGAGUUUCAUUAGCUAGUCCCUAGUUAUCUGCAUAUGCAAAACCAGGUGAAAGAUUGAAAAUUGAACAGAAAUAUAAGAAACCAAAAGAAAGAAGCUUCAGUUACACUUAAAAUCCAGACAUAUCGAUUAACAAUUUUGAGAGAUUGCCCAUUAAAUAAAAAGGCAAACGACUUAAGAUAGUUUAUCAAAAACACACAACAGAUGUUGAAAAUUCAAUGGAAGAACCGAAUUAAUUAUAAGUCUAGGGAUAUUAUAAUUCAAGAGCCCAAACCCCUUUUACAGGAUAAUCCAAAAGAAGAAAACCUAAAAGUAUGGCUACUCAUUAUUAUUAUUGAGCACAUAGGAAUAUAUUUUCAUUAUUUCCUUCUGAUAGUCUGGAAUUAGCAUAAUAAAGAGAAAAAAUGAAAGAUAAACCAGUUCCUCCUCCUGGAGCAUAUUAUAAUGAAUUUAAUGAUUCCUCUAUAAAGGUUGAAAAAAUACCUUGGAGAUUUUAAUGUUUCUCUUCAACAGUUAGAAGAUUUAGUUAAUAACAGUAAGAUGCAGGUCCUAGUGUAGGUGCUUAUGAAAUCAAAACAAAAUCAAAAGCCAUCGGAGUUAUAUCACUUGAUAAAUAUAGUAAAAGAUAAGAUAAACUCCUUAAUUUUCCUGGUGUUGGUACAUAUGACAUUGAUUAAUCAUUUACAUAAUCAAAACCUAAACAAAAAUAAUAAUAAGAUUUUCCAUGUCCAUUUGGAUCAAGUGGCAAGAGAUUUUGAUUAGAAUAUUAUUAUUAUAUUUAUUAAAUAUCUAAAUUACCAUAUAUUCCUUCAGAAGUAAAAUCAUAUAUUGAACAAUAAAAAAUAGAGGAUGCUUUAAAGGUAGUAUUAUAAUUGGUUCUAACUGUAAAAUUGUUAUUAAUAUGUGAAGGAGAUCGAAAUGUUGUUAAUAAUGUUAAAAAACUAUUUUUUUCAGGUAAAAAAGGAGAUAUUGAACUUUAAUUUUAUUAAAUUGGUAUUUUUAUUUGUCCUGGUAAUACAAUACCAGAUAAUUUAAAGAUAAUUGAAUUAGCAAUAGAUGCAACUUACCUUAAGGAUCAAGUAUAACUUGGUUUAGUAUGGUUGGCAUUAUUAUUUUAUGUUCCUGAAGAGAAGAAAUAUGAUUAGACAAUCCAAAAAAAUUAUUAGAUCCAGAUUAAUAAAUAGAUUAGUAUUUCAAAUUAUGUUAAGAAAAACUAAUCAUUUUUUAUAUCGAGCAUCCUAUAUAUCAUACUGAUUUUAUUUGAUGGACUAAAAUUAAUAAUAAAUUUAGAGAUUCUAAAGUAAAAUUAGGGAGUAGAAGAUUGUAUUCAAAUAGUGAAAAAAACAAAAAAACAUUGUGAAACAUUCAGUCAAUAAUAAAAUCUAGAAUUAAUUAAAUAGUAAACAAAUUAGAUGAAUAAUGAAAGAAUAUAUAUUGAUAAUAUGUAUAAAGCUCUUUAUGAAUACACUACAUUCACAGAAUUAUAAAAAUCAUUUAAGUUAUUUUUUCCAAAAGUAUUAUUUAUAUAUAGAUUAAUAGAAAUCUUAAAAUAGUUUUCACUUCUAAUUUUAAUAUUAAUAUUGGACCUCUAAUUAAAUAUGA